UUGGCAAAAAAUAUUAAUGAUGAACAAGAGCGAUGAGUUGUCCGCCCCUAAGGCUGCUCGCAUCGACCUCGACAUCCAAUUAAGCGAUGAAACUAUGAAUUCGCGUGAAAUUGGUGAUGUGGAGAUGGAUCAAAUCCUUGGUGAAGAGCUUCAGCAAUCAAACAGUUCCUCCAAAAGCUCUUUGGUUGGGGAAGAUGGAGAGAAGAAGAAGAAGAGUGAUGACAACAAACCAACUGAAGAGGCUGAAGAGAAUAAAGGUAAGCUUCCCCGCGUCAAGAAGGUGGAGGUGGUGGUUUCACCUCCACCAACUCCGGCAGCAGCAGCCGAGUGCGCUGCCACUCCGGGGGCUGACGACAAGGAGAAGAAAGGUUGAUGAGAGGUAGAAGGACAUAGAAUCUGUUGCAACUAAAUAAUUAAGAUACUAAUAAUAAUAUAGUAGUACUAUGUUGCACCUACAAGAUUAAGAUACUAGAGUUUUAAUUAAGUGAUUGUUGUAAAAUAGGAGUAUGUUAUACGAAAACUACACAUGUUUGAAUAAGUGAUUGUUGUAAAAUAGGAGUAUGUUGUAUGAAAACUACACAUGUAUUGAUAUAAUAUUA